AUGCCAGAAAUGCAUGGGCUCCGUAGGAGCAUCGAACAACGAGUCUUACCAGAAGGCCUCACGACUCACGACGACCUCGAACGAAACGACACCAACUACGCCCUCGAAAAUGAGCACCUCCUCUCACCACCAGCUCACGCCCUCACCAACACCACAAACCCCACCAUCCCACCACGGAGAGACACCGCCUUCCUCGACGGCCUCCGCGGCCUCUGCGCAGUCUUCGUCAUGAACCAACACUUCAUCGCCGGCUUCAGCGCCUUCUCCCCGCACGAAAUGGGCUUCGGUGAACAAGGGCACUACAGCCUCGCCACGCUGCCCGUCCUGCGCGUAGCGUUCUCCGGCGGCGACAUGGCCGUCGUUGUUUUCUUCGUCUUAUCUGGGUACGUUCUGAGCAUAGGACCUUUGCACAAGAUCCAGCAGCAGCAGACGCGGGAGUGCAGGAAGGGACUGUUGAGUGCGGUGAUUAGACGGCCUGUGAGGUUGUAUGUGCCGCCGCUGGUGAUAUCGUUGGGAGUUGCGCUGUUGCUGCAUGUGCCUGGGCCGUUGAUGUUGCCGACGGGGUUCCAUAGGCCGAGGGAUAGUGUGGGCGAAGAGCUGAAGUUUUUUGUCAAGAUCAGCAUCACUUACUUCUCGCUGUUUCAUGAGCAUGGAGCGCAUCUGUUCUCGUAUCCAUACAAUAUUGUUAUGUGGACGCUGCCGAUUGAGUUGGAGGGCAGCUUGUUGGUGUAUGGGGUGUUGCUAGGACUUUCGAUGAUCUGUUCAGGACCAGAUCCGAAGAGGCCUACGAUGGUGGCCGUGUUGAUCUUUGGUGUCAGUGUAGUCAUGCUGCAGAAUGGCUGGUACUGGAGCAUGUCCAACUUCCUGUUCGGGAUCGGCCUCGCUAUGCUAGAUACCUGGUCGAUUGGUGAGUACAUCUCAACCACCCUACGGCGGCUCGACUGGAUGAAGACGCCUCGAGCCAUUUCCCAGGAUAUGUCGACCAUUGGCGAAGUGCUUUCAGACAUCUCGAGCCCAAUCAGGAGGCGAAGCUCGAUCAUGGCAUCGAAAUUGCUUCCCAAGACGAUCUUGCAGCGCUUGCCAACACAAGGGGAGCGCCACGAGGCAGCCCAGCACACCUUCUACCACACCGUUUGCUUUGUCAUCGGCUGGUACCUCCUAGCUCAACCAUCAGCCUCCGGUCACCGACAACACGUCACCAAUACGCCCGGCUGGAAGUGGCUCGCCAGUCUCAUCCCAUCUGCAUAUGACGAUGGCCACUACUACCGCUACUGGCAAAGUUACGGCGCUCUGCUCUUCAUCUAUGCACUUCUGCGAACUCCCUGGCUUCAGCGGUUCUUCCAGAGUCGAACGUUGCGCUUCUUUGGCUAUGUCAGCUUCAUGCUCUAUCUGACUCAUCUCCCAUGGUUCAGGAUCUUUCCGGAUCGGUUCUCGAGUCUGUUGGCUGGCAGGGACUGCGAGGAGGUGGACCGAGGAGGUAUGUGGGAUGUAAAGUGGAGUGGAAUUCCAGACUGGGGUCCGAACGCUAUGAGUCUGAGGGUUUGGGUAUACAUUGCAGUGACUUGGCCAAUGAAUUUCGGCCUGGCGUGGUUUGCUACCAAGUGGGUUGAUCAGCCGAGCGUGAGGUUGGGCAAGUGGAUUACCACCAGGAUCGGUCUAGAGAAGAACAAAUCUGGCACGUAG